CUCUCUCUCUCUCUCUGGCUGCUGGGAGGCACAGGACAGCCAAGCGUCCGUGCCAAGGAAAGGAGAAGGCGUAGACUUCCUCCAAACAUUUCCUCCGCCAUCUCCGCUUGCGAGACUCAAACAAAAAAAAAGAUAGAGAAAAGUUUUCUGGGAUCUUCUGUGAACGAGAGGACUUCUUUCCUUUCCUCUCCUCCGUCACCUGGGCGAACCGACACAGGAGUAUUCCUUCUUUGAAUCUUUUGAAAGUGUACUUCCCCUCCUCUGGACGUGUUCGCAGACAUGGACUGGGGCACAGAUCUGUGGGACCAGUAUGACGUCAUUGACAAACACACACAGUCGGGCCUCGACCUGGUGGAGCGCUACAUAAAGUUUGUGAAGGAACGGACGGAGAUAGAACAGAGCUACGCCAAGCAGCUCAGGAGUCUAACAAAGAAAUAUGCAAAACGAGGGAGCAAGGAAGAGCAAGACUGCAGAUUCAUGAAUCACGCAUCUUUCCAGGAGAUCCUGAACGAGCUGAACGACUACGCCGGCCAACGAGAGCUCAUCGCCGAAAACAUGAUGAUGGGCAUCUGCGUCGAACUCACCAAGUACCUCCAGGACAUCAAAUCUGAGCGGAAAACACACCUGUCGGACGCCAAGAAGGCCCAGCAGAAUUUAGAGAGCAGCUUUAAACACCUAGAAAGUACUAAGAAGCGCUUUGCAAAGGAAUGGGCUGAGGCAGAUAAAGCCACACAACAAUCGGACAAGAUAGAAAACGACCUCAAUGCCACCAAGCUCGAUGUCGAGAAAGCCAAGCAGCAUGCCCAUGCCCGCACGCACGCGGCGGAGGAGUGCAGGAAUGACUACGCAGCACAGCUCCAGAAGUACAACAAGGAACAGAACUUCUUCUACUACACAGAGAUACCACAGAUCUUCAAUAAAAUGCAGGACAUGGAUGAACGGAGGAUCCGGCGGCUGGCGGAGGGAUACUGCCAGUUCUCGGACAUCGAAAAGAAAGUGCUGCCCAUCAUCUCCAAGUGUCUAGAGGGAAUCUCAUCAGCGGGGGUGAAAAUUCAGGAGAAACAGGAUUCCUUACUGUUCAUAGAGCAGCACAAGUCUGGCUUUGAGCGACCUGGAGAUGUGGAGUUUGAAGACUACACCCAGGGAAUCAAACCAGCAACCUCCGACUCCAGUCUCAACCCGCCCAAAGUGCGCACCAAGCUUUGGCCUUUCAGCAAGAAGCACAAGAUAUCUCAUGCUGAAAAGCACAUGCCGGCGGCUACGGAGGAUUUCUCUCACCUUCCCCCGGAGCAGAGGAAAAAGAGGCUGCAAGCGAAGAUCGAUGAAAUCGCCAAAGAGCUGCAGAAGGCGCAGGACCAAAGUGAAGCGCUGGAGAAGAUGAAGGGCGUGUACGAGCAGAAUGCACAGCUGGGAGACCCGUCCAGUCUGGAGCCUCAGAUCACAGAGACCACCCAGAACAUCGGUCGCCUGAAGGGGGAGCUCACCAAAUAUGAGUCGUGGCUGUCGGAGGCAGUGGGAGGAGAAGAAUCCUCCAACACCAUCAACAAUAAUUCUCAACAUGGCAUUGUAGGAGCUGACCAGUCCCAUAACAUCUACACAGAGUUUGACGAUGAGUUUGACGACGUAGAACCUCCCAUUGGCCAGUGCGCGGCUCUCUACACCUUUGAAGGCAACAGCGAGGGCACCAUUUCCAUCACGGAGGGAGAGCUGUUGAGUGUAAUGGAGGAGGAUAAAGGAGACGGGUGGAUGAGAGUCCUCAGAGCCAGUGGGGAGGAGGGAUAUAUACCAUCAUCCUAUGUCAAAGUCACUCCUUAACACACACACAGUACAAACAUACACAAACUCACACACACACACGCAGUAAACAUUUAAAGCUUGUGAUGGAGGCGAAGCAAAACGUGAUUAAUUGGAGCAGUUCCCUACAUCCUUUAUCUCAGCAUGUGACAUGUACAGUGAGAUGGUUAAAGCGCUUGUUGUCACGGCCGGUCGCCACGACACACACUCCCUGUCUCUGCUCGCCGCGGCCGUCUCCGAACUCGGACCGCCAGUCCCGUCGGCUCGUUAUAGAUUUUUAUUUUUUAAACCAAACUUCUGAAUGUAUACCUGAACUUUAUUUUGUCACCGUGCUAAAAGUGACGACUCGUGCGACGUGUUCAGCUUCACAGCAGCCUGACGCUGUCUCUGUGUCAGUAUAUCGCCCACUCCUCCUUCACGCUGCUGUUUCUAAUCACCUGCUGAACUUUUCCUUUUUUCAACUCCGGUCUUCUGCUAAAACCUCUUUCCUGAAGCGAUAAUGUGACUUUUUUUUUAUCAUAGUGAUGUUUGAUGACUUUGAACUGGAUGAAAACCACUACCCUCUAGAGAGUGCACUAAAUAUAAUAUCUCUCAAUGGACUGUCACAGUAAAGGAUAGACUCACGUUUUACAUUCUUUUAAAUAUCUGUCUUCAAACAAUAUUCAGGUGCCCGUAUGAAACAGAAACAGUUUUCGCUUGCUGUCACCAUUUUCUUUUACUGGUCUGCAAAGUGUAUUCUGAAGUAUUUCUGAAGCUCAUGUGAAGCUUCAGCCGUCUGACCGAGACGCUUCACAAGUUCGACAGCCUCUCGAUUCAUUGUUUGUGUCACUGUCACAGCAGCUGAGCACACUCUGUGCAGCAGAGACUCAUUCUGGAGGAUAGCAAGUCAAACGUCUGACAAAUUAAAGCAACACCAUGUCACUUUUACUGAGCAACAGCGCCCUCUGCAGCUAGACUUGGUGAUUACUUCUGUUGGGUUCCGUGGCCGAGUGAUUAAUGGGUUGUAUGGUCUCACUCGCUGAACUGAAACACAACUGAACGGUGCAUAUUACCCAUGCUCCUCGACUUCCUGCCACCAAAGUCUGUUUAGAAUUCUCCACAUUUAAGAAGUUUCCGGGCUGAAUAUCAGUUUUUAGUUUUGGUUUUUAAUGACUUGUAAGUCUAUUUUAGCUGAUCUACAGUUCAGCUCUACUCUUCAACUCGCUGAACCUGAUCCUGACUGUUGAAGCUGCGACUUUGUCAGUUCCUCACUUCUCACAGGAGUUCGCACCGACCCACCCUGAACGUCUGUUCUUUCAACUUUGGUGAGUGCGUACGAUUUCCUGUGAGGAACUGACAGAAAGAAAGAGUAAACAUUCUCCAUAUUCCAAGUCAGUGAAGCAUCAAAAUCAUUUUAGUUUAAAUAGCUAAGAGGUUGCAUAGUGUUGCUUUAACUUGUCAGAAUAUAUUUUCUCUCUUAAAUUCAAAGUGAUUCUUUAUUGGCUGAUAAGUAAAAGAGGAGUCACUACAGGAAGCAAAAACUGUUCUGGUGAGUAUGUGGACGUGUGAUUGUUUUUAGAUGUGAACCCAACUUUUAACUUUAUAUAAUAUAUAUAUCCCAGUUUCUCUUCUACAUUUGCAAGAAAACCUUCAUUGCGAUGUUUUUGUGAAAUUUAAAAGCACAAAAUGAUCAAAGUUCAAAUAGAGAAUUUAUCAUUUUAUAAUUCCUGUGAACUGUCUGUAUUUGAGGUUGCGGCCUCAGUGCUGCUCCAGAGAUCAUUACUUAGCACUGACGUUAUGGAAUCUGAUAAUAGGUGCAACUCAAAGUUAGAUAAUAGGCAAUUAUUCAGUUUCGCUUUCCACUGUUGCACAAACGUGGCUGGGAUCUCGUUAGAGCGAGUGGUGCUCUGACUAUUCUUUUUUCUCCAUGUUUUGGUUUGACAUUUUUUAACCACCAGUUUUUAUAUUGUGAGUCUCCAGACCUCCAGAUUAGCACUCCUCUUCUUCUCAAAUGCUCAGUUGCCAUAAGAAAAUACUGAAUUUUAAAAGAAUCAGUGAGAACAGGAUGGAUUUCAAUGGAAAGAAAUGGGAGUUUUGAGAUUUAGCUCCUCAUUCAAUCACGGCCAAGGGCGACAAGUUUUAAAGAAAUGUUCAAGAUAUGUUUGAAUGUCGUUUUAAGAAACACUUCACUGAAAAAGAUUCAUCAGACUCGUCUGCACCGUGAAGGUCAAACAUUCAAGAGAGGCAACAAGAAGCAACAAGAUUUUUGACUGGAGACAAACAGUUUACACUUCUCUUUCUGUACCAUCCUGUCCUGCACUAAUAUUUAAGGGGUUUUAUUUUACAAUCCAUUUUUAAAAAGAAAACAAAUGUAUUUACUUGUAUUUUGAGUCAUAAAUUGGGA